UACUAAGUUGCCAUGGUGACAAGGUGACCACAGCUUGGGACAUGAAAUUUAAUGUAGCAUUCAAGUUUAAAGACCUCUGCAAGUUGAAAGUUAAAAUGUACAUGUAUGUAGUCAGUUUUGUGUGUAAGGGACUGUAGUGUGAUAAGAUUAGAUGAAAGUAAAAACAAUAUUACCAUAUAUUGUGUGUAUAUGCACAGGAGCAGUACAGAAACAUAGGAGAUAGAAUCUGGAGAAGUGUUGAAAUGGAGGUAAUGUUUACUGCUAUUUUAGGUUAUUUUUAAGGUACCGUUAAUGCCAUUAUGAUGUUAUAUAAAACAUGUUAUAUUAUUAUGAGGCCGCAUGAGAACUUUCCAAACAUAGUCUGUCAUUUAGCUGUAACCUCAUUUCUGCAGUUUACUCACAAAAAUGUAAUUAGUUUUUAAACCCUAUUCUUUUAAAAUGGCACAGGACUUGUUUGUUAAGGGCAAACGUUUGGGAGUGACGUAUGCAUGACAACUAAUAAACACACAUUGGUGCCCCAAAACUUUUUCAAACUGUUUCUGUGGUUAGGUAGUGACCAGCUGAUGACAUAAGCUUCUUCUUUUAUUAUUUAUUAACUCAUUUUAAACUGAAAAAAGUCACAAAAGAUUUACAGCAAUUCCAAAUUUACAAAACUGACAGUGAUUUUGUUACAAAUAGUUAUGGUGAGCCCUGGGACUCAUCUUGUGAAAAAUCAUUAGUCCCAGUCCAGAACCAUUGAGUCCCACCGUCGAGUUAAAAAAAUAAAAAUGAGUCUGAAAUUGAAAAUGCUUGGGCCUUUCUGUCACCAGACAGUUUAUGUGAAGACAGAUUCCAAAAUUCUCUAUUAAGUAAAAAUAUAGUCCUUUUAUUUAAAGCACAACAAAGCCUAAAGGAAAUAUGCAUCGUUAAACAACAAUCAUAAUAACUGCCACAGAAAAUACGCGAACAGGCCCGAUAUUUCUACAAAUACACAUGUUCAGAUUGAUGAUCGAUCUCUACGUCCUACGGGACACAUGCCGUGAAUUAUUUUGCGUCUUUGGGGAUUUUUAUGUGCCAGAGAUGCAGGACGCAGAGGUAACAAAAUCACUGAACUAAUAAACAUUGAAGUAAUACUUUUUCUAAUGUGCGGACUGUGUAGAUAGCUAAAUCCCUUAAAACCUUUUAACCUAGAUUCAUGACAGCUCUCUUGCCACCACGUAAAUGCCACAUCACGCAAAAUCUUAGAAAUCUAAACUUACUCUAUCACAACACAAGGAACCAUCUUGAAGUGAAUUUUGUAAAAAUAAAAGUGAAAACUCAGGAGGAUCGAUCAUUCUUUAGUUUGAAAUUUCAUGACAUCAUCUGAAAACCAGCAAUACUUAAUUUGACUUUUUUAGUAUGCUCUGCUAAUUGCUUAACAUGGUCUGACAUUGUAACACAAAUUACAUGCAAAGUAAAGGCUUACAGAAACAGUGGAUGUGAAUUUUUAAAGACUUAAAUUUGCAUGGUUUAUCCAGCAGUAAUUCUUAUGAUUUCUUAAACACUUACCCUGGAGUUAACCUUAUUGCCAAUUUUAACUCUUUUAUUUCUUUCAUUUACAGUGUAUUGCAAGCACCAAAAUUAUAUUAUACAGAGACUGUACAAUUCAAAAGCAUUUAUUGGUUUUCUUUAUAUAGUGCUUUCAAUUAGAUCAUGUUUGUUUAAUGACCUUAUACCUGAAAAACCUGAAAUAAUUUUGCAUAAUUCAUGAAUAUAUUGUUGUCAUGAAGUAAGGUUAGUAAUACAAAUUGUACAAUGUACUUCCAAUCCUUGCUUCAAAUGUUUUUAACAAGCUGCCUACAACAUCCUACAGAACACUUUAAACACUGUGGCCUUUAAUUUAAUUACAGCUUUUACUUGUUUAAUUACUUAUGAUUGUGACUUACUUGCCAAGGAAGGAACCAUUGUUAAUAAUUAAUGUUAACUUAGUCGAUAAUGAUCUUCUCUUAAUAUGGUGUACCUGCAUCAAUGUAGAUUAUUGCUGUUAACUUUAAUCAUUUUCAUUUUACUCCUUUAUGAAGUUCAUUAAAGUAAACUUUAAUCUUCCAUGCUAGUUGUAAGCAUUUCGUCCAUUUCCUAUUAAAAGUAUAACAUACAUUGAUCAUCAACUCACAAUACACAGUUAGAAUAAGGAAGAAACAUUUAACCCAUUAAAUUUUCUCUUUUCACAGACAGUCUGUAAAAAAAACCACAUAAUUUCCACUCGAUGCAGAGGUUUUUUCUUUUCUUUAAAGAAACUUUCUAAUAAUUAUUGACAUGUAACAAAUUUUUAACUGUAAAUCUAUUCUUAAUAUUAUCAAUGGUGUUUUGUUUUUGCUGUUGUAAGUCAGGAGCACUUUGAAUUAAUUCAUUUUGUAGAGUCAAGAUUGAGCAAUUACUGUCAUGGUUGGGCAUCUUGAUUGCAAAUGUACCAAAGUGGGUUGUGGUUGGGGGUGGGGGGGAGUGGCUUUUAAAAGCACUCUAUGUUAAUGUUCUUAUAAAAAGAAGGGGCCUAUAGACAGUCUGAUAUCUCUACACACUUUUUUUAAGCAUGUUGAAAAUAGUGCAGAUGUAACGUUUAUUUCUUGCUUAAGAAUUAAUUCCUAAUACAAUCAUGGUUUUAACAGUCAAGAUAUUAAGUUAGGUAACAGAUAACUCACUGAGAACUGGUUGAGAGAAUGUGACAUGUCAUCUACUUUUAAUGGACUCCCAGCCAAAAGAUGAUUCUCUGCCAGUGAGUUUCAGCUGUUUCUCUGUUGUCCUUUGGAUAUUUUACUGGUAACACUAGUGAACUGAAAGAUUUGUGUGGUAGUCUUCAAUCCAUGCAUCAAAUAUACAUGCAAUUUAUAUGACUGGUACAUGAUAAUCUUUGUGGUUAUGAUAUACUCUUCUCUGGAAUCUUGUUUUGGACCACCUAAGAGCCAAGAAUGAUUUUUUAAAGUUACUUAAAAGAACAUGGCUUUAAUGCAAAGGUGGUUAUAAAGCAGGGUCACCCAGCUGUUAGUGGCCUGCACACUGUUCUGAUACCAUGUUUUUUAUGGUUGUUUCCCCUUCUAGAACCUUCAUGUCAAUGAGGCCAUGCCAUUCUCGGACUAUUCUUCACCGUGUGAAUCUACUUCUGAUGGCCUGCCAAAAGAACAGCAGACAUCAAGAGAGUGGGUAUUAGAAUGGAACAGGAAGAGCGAUACCAGUGAAGUUCAGGAGUACCUGCAGCAGUUGCAACGUUCUCACAGCCACUCGCAUCCAGAAAAUGCUGACUCUCCUGAGAGUUUUAGCCGUAGUAGCUCUGUUCCAAGAUAUACUGGAUUUGAUGGCCAAGCUGAUGUGGAGAUGGAGAGUGAGCCUUUUGAAAUCCAGAAAUUAGGAUGUUCACCAGGCAAAAAGUUUGUGGACGUACAUCAAACUGUUGGGGAGGUGACCUCUGAUAAUUGCAUUGCUGAUGAUCAGAGAGGCAAUGAAAGAUCUUUUGUAAGUUGCCAUUGCUGAAAUCUUUUUUAAUACAUUUCCAGCGAAAUUGGAAGCACUGCUUUGUAUGUCUGCACGUUUAUAGUAUUACAUAUGAAAAGGAAAAGGAAAAAUGAAAAUGUCGAUACUAUUUUCUGACCUGAAUCUUUGUAACUUAUAACUGCUGAAUAAUACAAUUGAAAAUUGUUGGAAACUUGCUAGUGAAAUGCUCAAAUAUGGUUUGAUUUUCUAAAAUUGCAACUGUUCUUAUUUGUUUUUGAUAUCUCCAAAGUCCUUUGUGUUGAUACCCUCUAUGAUUACAGUACACCACAGUUUUAGCACCGCAUGUUUUUUCCCCAUCAUUUUAGAUUCAUGGAGAUGACCAGGAUGAUAGUCUGUUAGAUGAAGCAAUGACAGGUGCCAAUCAUAGUAUUUUGCCCUAACAAUACUGAAUCUGUAAUGCUAAUAGAAAAUGAGCUCUGUAAUAAGACCGUCUGAUCUGUUCCGUAAGAUUUCACCCAUUACAUUUUGACCAGUUUCUUACUUUCAAAUUACAAAAGGCUUAAAUUAGUUAUUGCAAAUUUGGUUGAAGUUUUACUCACCUGUUCAAUUGUAGCGUAUGUUCAUUUAGCUAAAAAAAAUAUUUUGGAUUUAAAUGCUUUAAAAUUCGAAAUUCUCCUGCGUCCCGUUUCUAAUUAGUAAUCCACAUUCCUUCAUGAGAUGUGAAAUACAUACUGUGGAAGCUUUCGGAAGGGGUGUGACAGGGAUGUGAAAAAGGUGUUUGUAACUGGAGCUGGCUGCUUAUGAGAAUGGUUCUUGUAUAUGGACACGUGAAGUGUAAGAAUUAGAUACUGGGUAUGCCAAAAAAAAUUGUUAAUGUCUGACUAUACUGUUUUUCUGACAACAUUGUUAAUUCAGGCACAAGCAUAAAAUUCAAGUGGUCUUUUGAACUGUAACUGGUGAGGUGAAAAUAAAAAUACAAGAUUCUGAGUGAAUUCUCAAGGGAGCUUAAAAACAAAGCUAAUACCGUAAAAUUCCGAAAAUAAGCCGUGGGGCUUAUAUUUUUCAAAGGCCCUUUUUGAGGGGCUUAUUUUUGGAGGGAAAUUUGCGUUUAAAAAUUGAUUGGGUUAGCCUUAUUCUAGGUAGGAAAUUUACUGUUUUUCUUUUUUUUUACUUUGCAUUUGAGGGCAAUUUCCAAGUACAAGCCCCCCGAGGGGCUUAUAUUUGGAGGGGCAAUCAGGGUUGUCAUUAAGAGCUGGGGGCCGGGGAUUUUUCCCGGCUACUAAGAGAGUGGCCCCCGGCUACUUUUAUUGGAAAAUAGAAGAAAAAUAGAACCAAAAGAAAUCGCUAGCCGUUUGAGCGCCAACUUGUUGUAUUUACCCGGCAACUUGAAAUCUUAGUGACAAGGGGCAAUUUAACGGAGGGUUUUUAUUUGGAGGGGCUUAUACAUGGAGGGGCUUAUUUUCGGAAUUUUACGAUAUGUAAUUCAUAAACCCUGAAAGUGUCCGCAGCUGCCUAUGGGAAUGUCGGCUGACAGGAAUGUAAACAUUCGGAGUUUGAGUGGGAGUUGAAACAGGUUUUUGUGAAGUCGGCUGCUUAUGGAAGUGUACAUUAGGAGAGUUUUCACUGUAGACUUUCUUACUAACAAGUGCAUGAAUUGUAUUUUUCUUGAUAGAUGUUGGAGAGAAUUAUGUAUACACCAACUUCCUCAAAUCUAGGACAUGUUAUGACAUAAUGCCAAAAAGUUCCAAGAUUGUAGUAUUCGACACCAAACUUAAGGCAAGCAAAAUAAUCUGUAAAAGUUAACAAUGUUUCUCUGAUACAGAAUAGCAAUGUUUUGAACAGAUCAUUAAAAAACUAUUAAGUUACCAGUGAUUGAUAAUAGUAAAAACAAUGAACAACCUUAACAGGACUUUUCUAGCAUAGAUAUUGCAUGUCAAAUCUCAUUUCAUGUUAAUUUCACUUUAACCUAGGUUGAUUUUACUUACUACAUACUAAAACAGAAUAAUCAAUAUUAAAAAAAUUAGAAACUGUACAUUGUGUAACUUCACUUGUACAUGACUGUACUGUUAAAUCUGUUCCAAUGAUAUUUUAUUAGUGAGUUUAGUGCCUUGACAUUGAAGUUCUAUAUUUCUGUAGGUGAAAAAAGCUUUUUUUGCCCUGGUUGCAAAUGGUGAGUAACAUCUUAGACUUUUUGGUACUUUACACUAGUAAUGGUGACAAUCUGUAGUUUUGCAAUGAUUUUUCCUUGAAACUUUUCACAGGUAUUUUAACACUUUAAUAUUCUUUAACACUUGCAAACUCACAAAAUGCAAGUUGUGUUUGAAAGCUGUACAGUGUAAGUCAAAAGAAUACCUCAAGCAAAUAUUCAUACUUUGAAUAUCAUGAAAAGAAAAACUUGGGUUUCAAUUUGGCGCUUGUCCAUGUCUUUUCCAUUUGCCACGUAAGUUAUGUGUACGGAAUCGUUAGAACUAAAUAAAGGGAAAGUGUUGGAGAAGCUCAAGGAUACCUUAAGAAAUAAAGUUACUAAGAUUAGUGGAAUACAACUAGUGAGAUAGGUGAAGUAACAAUGGGUUAUAGUGGAGCUCAACAUGUGCGCAUGAGCCAAGCCCCAGACCUAAGAAAAUUGGUUAGUCUAUCCAUGCAAAAAAUCUUGGUAUGUGACCGUCCGUCAGUCAGUCUGCACCACAGGCGAACUAAUGUGAAAUGUCAAACUUUCUAGCUAGUGUGGAAGCCUGAAAGUCUGUAACCUUUGUUUGACUGGAUAAGAGACAUCCAUAUUAUGGUCAGUUGACAGCUGUCAAAAAAGGUGUCUGCUGACCAGCAUCACAUAACUGUAUUGCAGGGUCAGGUCCCAACUCAUCAAGGCCGUAUGUUUUUUUUGAAGUUUUCUUCUGACCAGUUAUUAGCUUUUACUUGAUUGCAGGCUCAAGUUUAUGUUUUUCAGUCAUAUGGUUCUCCCCUAAAAUUAAGUAUAGAUUCGUGGAUUUCUUCGCAAUGGUUUAAAGGCCAUUUUCUGAAGUAAAUUCAGAAUGCAUACACAGGAGCUUCACUUUUAGCUCUGGCUAAAUCUAUAUAAUGUAGUAUUAAUAUUAUUGGUUUUAUGUAGACCUUGAGCACAUUUUAGCUGCAUAUUUGUGCUCUACUAGUUAAGCAUAGAGAGUAAGUUCCAUUUGGAAGCAGCUUUUCAGCUUUGUGAUAGCUGUCAUGUAAGAGGUCCUCAACAUAUAAGAUAAAUAGAUGGUGAAUUUACUACUUUGGCAAGCAAAAAAAUAAUAUACUUUCUGAGUUUUGCUGGUGGAUCAAAAAAUUAAGAUUGAGCCCAAGAUUCUCUUUUUGCUUAUCUCAUCUUCCAAGCAGAGCAGAAACAACAGUCAAAUUUGUACUUAACUUAUUCUUCUUAGCAAGUAACUAAAGAUUUUUAUGUACAACAAUUGUACAUUGUUAUCUACUUUAGUAAUAAUAUAGAGCAAGAAGCUUCUUUAAAAGUUACAGUUGUAUGUUCUUUUUUAAUAUGUGUUUAGGAGUAAGAUCAGCACCUCUUUGGGAUAGUGACAAACAUGAUUUUGUUGGUAAGCUUCCUUUGUUGUUAAAAUCAUUUAGACUGCAACCAAAUCAAAUCAUGCUUUCUUUAUAUUCUUGUUCAUAUGUGCUCAGAUCAGUAGAAAGAUCAAGCAUAACAUUUCAUGCAUACAGGAUAGGAAAAAAAAAAUGAUCAGUUGGCCAUCUUUGUUGUGACUAUUUAAAUCUCUUGUCAGAGUUUUUGUGAAGAAUACAGGCAAUCUGUUAAGACAUCUCGUUAUGAAUAUUCUCAAUGUGGAAUUAACUCCUUUGAUUGCAGUGUAGCAUUGGAUUUUUUAGGAUUGGAUCCCUGAUAAGCAAUUUAAUAGAAAUGAGUUACAGACAGAGUUUCGGGUACUACUUCUAACAUUUUUUUUUAUGUAUACCGCUGGCAAAGAAUUAGCAUUCAUUUCUGGUACUUUCAUUAGGCACAAACAGCUAAUGAAUACUGUUGCUACUUUGCUGCUUUCUUUCGUAACAUGAUAUAAUCAAAGAAACGUUCUUUCAGAUCUUGUUGAUACAGUCAGGCACUCUACUCAAACCAGCUGCCCACUUGAAUCUUUUGAAAGCCUUUUGUUAGAAAAGAGAGAUUUUAUAGAAUCUUGUUUAAAAAGAAAUGGCAAAUCAUCUUGUGACCAAUUGUUGCCCAUUACUUGUCUUCUACUGUUCAUUUUAUCUUGUGAACCAAAAAAAAAAAUAGUUUCAAGUCACUGGUUCAUAAAAAUUAAUAAAAAUUAGUUUGGACAGUUCUGAUCCGCCUAUUUUCUAAUUUGAGCAAUAUUAUUGUCAACUUGAAUUUGACAUUUCCCAUGUGCUAUAAAAGUCGUUACAAAUCUUUCGUUAUAUUUAUUAAGGCCUUUGUUGACACCGAAUUUACUACAUGUUUAUCAGAGUAACACUGUAUUAUUGCUUUGUCCGUCACAUUCUAAGUAAUUUUUGCAUUUUGGAUUUUUCUCCUUUUUUUCCUCUAUAGGAAUGCUGACAAUUUCUGACUUUAUAAACAUCCUUCGUCAUUAUUACAAAUCACCAUUGGUAAGAAGUUGCUUCUUGUAGAUUUUUGUUUGAUAUGAAGGAAAAUAUAAGAAUGAAACAGUGUUCCAGCCAGAGUGCACCAUUGUGUGAAUCCCGCAAAAGAUCGAGAGAUGGCCCCCACCAAAAGCGUUCAAGGGCCAUUAUGGCCCUUUCCUUUUUUAAUUGCCCGGGCUUAAAAUGGUCUCUUUUACUUCAACUACAAUAAUUUUCCAAUUAAACAGAAUUUUUUAUCUAAAGAACAACGAUUCCGUACCUUUGUACACAACAUGAAAAUCAAUCGAUGAAUCUUCUUGAGUUUACCUGAUUUACCAUGAGUGGUCUGGAGACCACUAAGCCUCGACUUGGCUUUUGUAAUAUCCCAGAAGCUCAUCGGUAUCCAUCAUGGCAUCUCAAUAAAGGAUAAACCUGACAAACUCAUCUUCGAGGUCUAUCCAAAGUUUCUUCUCAGAAGUAAUGAAAAAGUGGAGGGAGACGAAGCAAUAAUUAUUCAGAAUAAGCGAAUGAAAGGAGAUCUUGAUGGUGAAGUGAAAAAUGAGAUGAAAAAAAUUACUUACUAUUUUUACUGCAUACAUUCUGAUUGUACUCUUUGCUUUAUUACCGAAGAUUUCCUCUAUUGUGUAUAAAAAGGAACGCUCCAUGUCAGCUUCAAAUAAUCUGACAUUUUGAUUUCCUUAACUUUCCAACUGCUUCUUCUCUUUUGCAUAUUAGAAAGAUACUGGUACGUUGGCCCUUUCUUGAAAUAUCUGGCCCCCAAGAAUGGGUUGCAGGGGCCACUUUGGCCCCCAAGCACAAUUUUCUGGCUUGAACACUGAUGAAAUACUAGCUUCAAGAGAAAGUAGUUAGCUAGAUUCAUUUUGUUGGGGUGUAAUAAUUAGAGUAUCAUCGUGCAUGGAUUAUUGGAGUGAUGAGGAAGAGGUGUUCAGAUCAGUAGGAUGUUAUUAUUCUUAUGAUCCCAGCAUAAAUAUGAUUUUCCAAACAAACAACUUUAUUUCUAGAUUUUCUACAGCCGAAAUCAGCGAUAGAAACAAAGCAAAACGGUAGUGAAAAAUGACAAUAUUAUUAACAAAUACAAAGUCAAGAUUAAAAUCUUACAGUUUACAAAACUGAACAAAAGUAAUAAGGCAAACUUAAAUGCAAAUAAAGCAAGCAAGAUAUAGUACAUUGACUAGUAAGAGCCAAGAAAAGAACUGACAAAGACGAACUAAUGUGAAAAAUCCAUGUAAGAUUUAUAUACAAAUAUAUGAAAAAAACCUAAUGCAAAGAUCAAAGAUACACAAAUAAUAAUUGGCUCAUGAACCCAAAACUGCACCGAAAGGUGCGAAAACAGGUGGUGAAUACACUUUAGCUUUAAAUGAAAGGCAUAAGAUUCUUGGGGCUUGCAAUUCUUGUAACUGAAAUUUUGGCUUGGGAUUUUUCCCAGGGUAUGGUUUUACACUUUUUGUUAUAUAAAAAAUUACCAUUAUGUAACUUUGUUCAAGUUCAAUUUUUAUUUAUCUUUGUUUUUUAAAUUUCCUUUUUAGGUUCAAAUGGAUGAGUUAGAAGACAACAAAAUUGAAACUUUUCGAGGUAAAAAAUUGAUAUAAAUUAUGUUGCAUCAACUACCACAUUAUUGCCUGUUUAUUAGCAAAAGAAGAGAUUUGGCUCCCUUGUGUUGAUGUACAUAGUACAUCUUGCAGUAACAAGCUAGUAGGAGGAAUUCUUCUGUAAUAUAUGGCUAAUUCUUCAAGUUUUUGGUGGGCAUUUACUUCGAGGUGUUUGACCUGUGUUUAAUGUUUGAUAUUGCUCAAACAAAAUCAUUUUUGCUGUAAGGAUGCAAAAUUGCAGUUUUUAUCCGAUAUCCAAACCUAUUAAACAUUAACCUUUGAAUUUUCUUUAUGAAUUAUUAAUGAGCUUGAGAAAGCAUAAACAAGGCUCUAUUCAUAGUUUCUGUAUUGUACAAGCAUAAACAAGUGUACAUAUUCUGUUUUUAAACAGAACUUGAAAGGAACAAUCUCAAAGAAUCUGGUCUUGUUAAAAUUGCUCCAAUGCAGAGGUGAGGGGUUUUUGUGCCCUCUGAUUUUCUUAGGUCCUCUUUAAUAAUCUUUGAAGUUUGUAAAUGCAAGGUUGUGCUCUAGCAGAGCCCACAGGCCCUGGCCAGUGACUCACAUCAUUAUUUUGCCUUUUUGUGUUCAUGUUGAGCACCCUAGAUGUUUAAAUUUAAAGCAAAAACAACCUGGAAAUGGUAAAGUGACAUAACUUAGUAGAGGGGAGGAAGAGUGUAAAAUUCUUGAGGAUCACCUUCAGAAAAAUUUGAAUGAUACAUUUCUGAGUCAGGGAUGAGUUGUGAACAUAGUUGUGAAAUAAUUUUCUACACAGUUAGUUUGUAAGAUAGUUGAGUUCAGUGUAUCACUUUGAAUUGUAAUGUCUUGUGGACAAUGAUGCUGCAUUCCUGCAUUACACUGUACAUGGUAUUAUAAUACAGUUUUCUCUCCCUCCUUCCAGUCUCAGUUGUAUUUCUCCACUGUACUGAAAUUGCUUAAUUUUGUUGACAGUUUGUUUGAUGCUGUAAAGAUGCUUGUUGAACACAAAAUUCAUCGACUUCCUGUUGUGGAUCCACACACAGGAAAUGCACUUUAUAUCCUCACGCAUAAAAGAAUCUUAAGAUUUAUGUUUUCAACAGUAAGUCAGUCUGCCAAUUCCUAUCUUGUAUUUAUUUGAAGCUAGUGCUAUCAAUAUUUAUUUUGGAAAUGUUAUUAUUUACUCGUACAAUGUGAAAUUAAGCAGUGUUUUCUUUCAGUUAACACAGACUAAUCCACCCGAAUUCAUGGGAAGUACACUGAAAGAGUUGGGAAUUGGAACGUAUCAAAAUGUGGCUGUGGUAGGUGGACACACUUUAUUUUAUUUAUUUUAAUUUAUUGUCAUUUCUUGGCCAUCAUCUAGAAAAGACAAGCAAGCCCCCUAUGUACUCCAAUCAAAGCUAGAUAAUGAUCUUCUAAAUGGUUAAAAAAAAUUUAAAAAUAAAUGAUAAUAUACAAUUAUUAUAUAAUUUUACAAUAGAAACCUUUGAAACCAAACAGCUUUUGUUAAGAUUACAUGUAACUUUGUUGUGAGCUACAGAGCUUGUCAUAGUGUGCUCAAACUACAUGUACAGAUGUACAUUCAGUUCACUGAGUUGCUAAUUAAAUAGAUUUAGCACUGUCAUGGGAGGACUGGGUAAGCUUUUUUCUAACAAUUUCUGCUUUGAUAUCUACAUAUUUGUAUAGUGUACCAAUCACUUAUUAUUUACUAACUUUGGUGCUUGUUAUUGUAACAAACUUUAUUCAUGUUAGAAAAUACAUGUAUUUCCAAUUCAUGUUGACCAAAUGUGUACUUACAUGAAUUUACAUUGUAUCUGACCCUCUCCACUGUUCGUGAGAUUUGUGUGCAUUGAUUUUUGUGUCUACAGAUAUCUCCUGAAACCCCACUGAUUACAGCAUUCCAUAUGUUUGCCGACAAGAGAGUAUCUGCUUUGCCAGUAGUUGACAGUAACGGUAUGUUUUAGUUCUCUGUUUUGUUUGUUUACUUGUUGUUGUUGUUGUUUUACUAAACCUAGGUUCAUUUUUGUUCCAUCCUUACCUAACUCCUCACCACUGAUUUUCCAGGUGUUGUAGUUGAUAUUUACGCAAGAUUUGAUGUCAUUGUAAGUACAGAUCUAUGCCCAUUUUAACUGGUUUCAAUGGUGCCUAAACCACUUUCUCUUUGCAAUCACAGCAUUGACAUUUUCCUAUCAACUGUAAUAUUUAACAUCGGUUGUCACGGAAUAUAUCAAUAAGAGCAGAUAACAACAACAGUCACUUGACAAUACUUAAUUUGUUGUAACUGAUAAUUUAUGUGAAUUACUGUAUGUGAAUCAGCCUAUCAUAACUCUUGUCCAUGGACAUGGAACUAAAUUUCUUUGUUCCAAUGUAUGAGUUGUGUACUGAAAUAAUAAUUACUUUCAUCGCUGGAAAAAAUAAUCUCUCCGGAGAAAGUCUGAACAUUGUGUUUACGUGAGACCUGGUAGCUCCCAUCUGACCUUUCCAGACAUCAGAGGUUGAGAACUAUUACUGAGUCUGCUAACAGUUCCUUUUGUUGCUUUCUGUAGAAUUUGGCUGCUGAAAAGACAUACAAUAACUUGGAUGUAUCUGUAAAACAGGCACUGGAACAUAGAGCAGAGGUAUUCCAUCUUGUCCUUUCUUAUGAUCAAGUGCAAAUCUGGUCCAUUUAAAAAUGGGAUUAUAUUUGAGAUUAUUAAAUGAAUGGCCUCAGUAAUACAGUGCAUGCCAUUCACUGUUUUUUCAGACUUUGAAUAAAAUGUCACUAGUAUGUUGUGAAUGUUUUACUAUUAUUCUGCUAAUAUGCUGUAUGUCAGUGCAAGUGCCAAAGUUUUCCCGUGCAUAAUAAUUAUUGUUUCAUUUUGUCUUGUCACCUGUUCUUACGUCUUAUAACAUUUACGAAUUGUUGCUAGGUGCACUUUUCAUCUAGUCACUGAUAGUCAGUGUUUUUUGAGGCUAAUCUUUCUCAGUAUGUUGUGUCUUCAAAAAAUAAUACUAAUAUUGAUUUUUUUACAUAACAGGGUGCAAAGAAAAUCAUUUUUACAGCUUGCCAUUUGGGCAAGCUGGACGUCAUUUCAACGAGCCCCACAAACGUUUUGAAAUGCAGAAUUGAUUUCACAGUUCUUCAGUUAUGCGAAUUCCUCAAAAGACAUCACCUGCCCGUCGGUCAAGUUAAAAAACAGAAUUCACCCGCCCGAUAGCAAAAUCCUCUAGCCCCGGGCUAUAGGACACGACUUUCUUUGCACACUGCAUAACCUUGCCAACAUGAUGUAGCCUGAAAUAUGUCAUAAGUGUGUAUAAUUUUGAGGGGAACAUUGUUGAUUACCAUCCAGUGAAAAUGAAGAAUCCUUCUACAUCCUUUUAUAUUUCUGUUGUAUGGGUACCUUGUAGCUCAUGAACAAGUUCAUGUUUCAAGUUUUCAAGUUUAUUUUUCCUUAUUUUUAAAAUACUCAACAGCUCUCUCAUUGUUAACUUACAGCUAGCUGUAAGUCAGUGAAUUAUGUGGCAACAAGCUCAUGUGUUGCAUAAUAUUAAUUGAUGACUUUCAGGGAUUUGAGGGUGUACACCGUUGUUGCUUGGAUGAAACCCUUCACACAAUAAUUGAUAGACUGACUGAUGCAGGGGUGAGUGAGUCCAAGACAUGUUUAAUCUAUUUACAAGAAAAAUUAUUUCUUGCUGUGGAAAUAGGUCUAAUGCAUCCCUGAAAUCAAGCCUGUGCAGAUUUGUUCUGCGUGUGGUAAAAUUUAAAAUGAAAGGCAAUAGGCAAUUGCUGAGUUCCAAAAACUCUUACUUUCAAAACAAGACCAAGUGCAAACUCUUUCUAUUGAAAAUGAGUUUUAUUUGCAUGGGUAUAGAAAUUUAUUUUCACAUCAAUGGCUUUGUACUUAGCCUCGCUUUGAAACUGAGGCUUGAGGCAACUUGGAUAUGGCCCAUUGUGAUGCACUCUACAAACUGCAGCUAUGUCUGCAGGCUAGGUUAAUCAGACUUCUAAAUUCUGUUUCUGCCUCUCUAGGUUCAUCGCCUUGUUAUUGUUGAUAAAGAUGAUCGUUGCAUUGGAGUAUUAUCAUUGUCUGACAUUCUUAAAUUUUUAGUCUUGAGGCCAGUUGGUAUGUCUGCUUUCUUAUUUGAGCUGUAA